AUGAAGGAAGCCACGGAGAAUGUGGGGCCUGAGACUGAGUCAGAAAAGAAGACUUCUCAGGCCCAGGAAGGCGGAAAUGUCCCAAAACAAAGGAAAUUGCCCCCGGUCCUGGCAGUGGUGCCACUGGCCCUGAUGAAGUUUCAGAAAGCCCCUAAGAAGAAGAAGGUCAAACCUGUCCCUCACAAGAAGCAAAUAGAACCAGAUGACAUUGAGGAGGGGCCCUGUGGCAUUGGUUGUAUUGUUGUCUCCUACUGUGAGCGUUUUAACGACAUUCGCUGCUUCCUAUUUUUCUUCUGUAUCCUGGUCAUGACUCAAGGUAUUGUGUUUGGUCUUAUAGACCUAAGCUCUAGCAAUUUCCAAAAGGACUAUAGUGUAAGAACCAUGCAGAAAUUAGCCUUGACACUCAGUUAUGACAUUUCCUCUUGCAUGGUAGCAAUAUUUGUAGCAUACUAUGGAGCCAGAGGAAACAGAACAAGAUGGGUUGCACUGUCCUCCUUUUUAAUAGGAGUUGGAUCACUUUUACUUGCUUAUCCAUACUUGAGUGUUGAAAAUCUUCAGUUAGCCGAAGAAUUUGCAGAUAUUUGCAAUCCAAAGAAGGCUCUCGAAGUUUGCUCCAGAUCUGGAUCAUUCCAAACAAAAUAUGUAUAUUUCUCCAUCCUCGGGCAGAUUGUGCAGGGAAUAGCAGGAAUGCCUCUUUAUAUACUUGGAAUAACAUUCCUUGAUGAUAGUGUUCCUUUGCACUCUUCUGGACUCUAUUUAGGUCUUGGGGAUGCUUCAUCAACAUUGGGAUAUGGUUUAGGUUAUAUAAUGGGAGCACCACUACUUAAGACCCCUAAGAAUCACAGUUUUCAUGAAAGCUCUGUGGAAGAUGAUGGUCAUUGGAAAUGGCAGUUUGUUUGGUCGAUUGAUUUUUGUUUUGCCGGUCUUCUUGCAUGGUCUACAUUAAUACCAUUGUUAUGCUUUCCACACGAUAUACCAGGUACAACAAGAAUAAGAGCUGUAAAACGUAAACAACAGACUUAUUUGUUUAGUGACAACCUUAAAGAUAAGAAAUUUGGACCUGGUAUUAAGGACUUGUUGGCUGCUAUUUGGAUUCUAAUGAAGAAUCCAGUUUUAUGCCAAGCUGUGUCCAGAGCUACAGAAUUUUUAGUUUUAAUUGGAGCUUCUGAAUUUAUACCUAUAUAUUUAGAAAAUCAGUUUAUAAUAACACCCAGAAUGGCAGCAACACUUACAGGGAUUAUUUUAAUUCCAGGAUGUGCACUUGGCCAGUUUCUGGGAGGUGUCAUUGUGUCCAAGUUACAAAUGUCCUGUAAAGCCCUUAUGAGAUUUAUUAUCAUUACAUCUCUUCUGGCAAUUAUAUUUAUUACACUUGUAAUUUUUGUACACUGCCAUCCAGUCCAGUUUGCUGGAAUCAAUGAAAAUUACGAUGGAACAGGUCAGUUGGGAAACCUCACAGCUCCCUGCAAUGAAAAUUGUAGAUGCUCAUCUUCAUCAUACUCAUCUGUCUGUGGAAGAGAUGAUAUUGAAUAUUUUUCUCCCUGCUUUGCAGGCUGUACUGAUUCUAAAAAUAUAAACAACAUAAAGACAUACUACAAUUGUUCUUGCAUUAAAUCGGGAUUAACAACCUCAGAUUCAGAAGGUGAUUUUAUUGAUGCCAAACCUGGGAAAUGUGACACCAAGUGUUAUACAUUACCUGUGUUUUUUGCUUUGAUUUUUUCUGCAGUUAUUUUUUCUAGUUUUUCUAGUGUACCACUUACCCUGCUCAUCUUCCGGACUGUACAUGAGAAACUCCAUUCUUUGGCCUUGGGUAUAUCGUAUGUGAUUUUGAGACUAUUUGGAACAAUUCCUGGACCAUUCAUUUUUAAAAUGGUAGGAGAAACUUCUUGUACCUUUCGGGAUAUUAAUAAAUGUGGACAAAAAGGACGCUGUUGGAUCUAUAACAGGACAAAAAUGGCCUACAUAUUGAUAGGAAUGGGUUUUUUGUGCAAAGUAUUCACUGUCCUCUUUACUACUACUGGAUUUUACUUGUACAACUAUUUUAGAAAGGAUAAUACUGACAUUGUCCUGCCUAUACCUUGCAUUGAGCUUAUGGGUGUAUUUGACAUUAAAAUUCCUGGCGAUAGGCUGCUGGAACAAAUGGAUUCUUGCUCUGGUAAGCAGCAAAGGAAGAAAACCGCAAGAUAUUUUCUUGAACGACCUCCUGAUGCAACUGUUUACAGCUUUCAUAUCAGCACCCAGCGGGAGUUUUCGGGCACAGACUCCCACAAACCCUAUUUGUUCCCAGUCCCUGGGCUCCAAGAAAGGACUCUUGAGGGCCUGGGACGUAGGGUAGAGCGGCUCUCGCCUUCUCACCUGGGGCGGGCGGGCUCUCACGCUUACGCUGCUCAUUUCUAUGACCCUUUCUUGACACCAGAGGUGACAAGCAUGGCGCAGCCCGGCGCCACUCAUUUAUUCUGGAGGCGGGUGACUGUGCUCCACGCUCCAGGCAGCGGUGAGCUCCUGGGGGCGGGUUUGGAUGACGGUGGUUGCAAGAAGGCUAAAGGUGGGAGGGUCGGGAGGUGA